AUUGAUAAUUGUAUGAAUCUUAAAGAGUUGCCCAAGGGGAUGGGAAAAUUGGUGAAUCUACGCCGCCUUGAUAUUGAUGGUACUAAUUUGCAGGAGAUGCCCUUAGAAAUAGCCAAACUAGAAAAUCUGCAAAGUCUGAGUCGUUUUAUUGUCAGCAAACAACAAAACGGACUGAAGCUUGCAGAAUUGAGAAAAUUUCCCCUUUUACAAGGAGAACUCUGCAUCUCAAAACUAGAAAAUGUUAUUGAUCCGUCUGAUGCUUGUCAAGCUAAUUUGAAGGAGAAAAAGCAAAUUAAAGAGUUAUUGUUGAAAUGGAGUCAUUCCACUUUGGAAGAGUCCCAUCAAGUUGUACUUGAACAUCUGCAACCCUCAACUAAUUUGAAGAAAUUGACUGUUAAAUGCUAUGGUGGAACUAGUUUCCCAAAUUGGUUGGGUGAUUCCUCGUUUGGCAACAUAGUGAGUUUGUGGAUUGAAGAUUGCCGUCAUUGUUCUUCAUUGCCACCUCUGGGACGACUACAGAGUCUAAAAGAACUCUUCAUUUCGGGUAUGAAAUCAGUGAAGAGUAUUGGGUCUGAAUUUUACGGAGGUAAUUCCCCUUCAUUCCAACCCUUUCCCUCCUUGGAGACUUUGAGCUUUGAGUCGAUGGCAGAGUGGGAGGAAUGGAACAUGAUAGAUGGUAUAACUACUGAGUUUCCCCGUCUAUCACACCUAUCUCUGAGAAGCUGUCCGAAACUGAAAGGAAAUUUACCCAGCAAUCUUCCGUGCUUGGUUAGACUUGAUGUAGAGGAUUGUUGUGUACUUGAAUCAGAGUUUUCAGGAGAAGUGGAUAACAGAAACAUAAUGAGACCAUUGAAUCUAUUCAAUUUUAACUCUCUUCAACAAUUAUCUCUAGUUCGAAUUCGUUCUCUGACGUCCUUCCCGAGCAAUGGUCUGCCCAAAGCGUUAAAGACACUUUCUAUCGAAUAUUGUAAGAAGCUUGAAUUCCCAAGUCAUGAGUUCCUUCAGAGUUGCAAGGCACUUGAGGGUCUGAGGAUAAUGAGUAGCUGUUGCUCGCUGACGUCAUUUCCCUUAGGUUCUCUCCCUGUGCUCAAGCGUCUUAUACUUUGGAAAUGUAAACAUUUGAAAUCAAUUUCAAUUUCGGAAGAAGCAGCAGCAAGCCAGUCUCUCAUGUUUCUUGAAGAUCUCCAAGUAUAUGGGUGUCCUGAACUGGAGUCGAUUUCCCUACUCGAUUCGUCCACUCCUAACCUGAGUUAUUUUAUGAAGAGGGUUUGCCUAUCAAUUUAAGGAAACUAACUGUCGGCAAUGAAGAAGGGGUUUACAGCAAUACAGCUAUCACCAAGUGGGGCUUGGACCGACUCACUUCUCUUUCAUAUUUGAGUAUUAAAGGUGAUUAUCUGGUUAAGAAGCUGAUGGAAAUACAAGUGCCUCUGUUGCCCAAUUCUCUUCGGAUGCUGGAAAUAGAAGGAGCACGUGAAAUACAACAUUUGGAUGGGAAGUGGCUUCAGCAUCUCACCUCUCUCAAAACUCUCUCGUUGUAUGAAUGUGACAAGCUCAAGUCACUGCCAAAAGAAAGGCUG